UAGAACAUUUGUUUUUCAUUUAUCUCCAAAAAACAAAAAAGUUCUAGUUUGUUCUCUGUACUUUAAACCCUGAGAAACAUAACAGAAGGAUUUUUCGAUAUAAUCUCGGCAAUUAAAUCUUCAUUUUGUCUCCAUAAACGUAGACGUUGACUCAGCUCAAAAUGUUGCUGCUGUCAAUUCUAGUUUGCGUUGCAGCUCUUUUGCAAGCAUCUUCAGCAACGCCUGUUCCUGUUUCAAAAAAACCCAAACCGGUGAAUCUUUCAUACGCCUGCUUGAGAGUGACUGGAGAAAGCGACAAGAAAGAGGAUGUACCUAUCCUUCUUCUUCAUGGACUUGGAAUGUCGAAAGAAUCUUGGAUGGGUAUUUACCAGCUUCUUGCCUUAAAAACAAACAAAAGGGUUUGUAUUGUGGAUUUAAGAAAUCACGGAGACAGCCCAUGGAGUGACAAGGCUGACAUAGCUGCUAUGGCUGAAGAUAUAAAGCAUCUUUUGGGAACACUUAAAGCUGAAAAAGCGAUUGUGCUUGGACACAGUAUGGGUGGGAAAGUAGCAAUUCAUUUUGCGCUGACAUAUCCUGCCAAUGUCGAAAAACUGAUAGUUGAAGACAUGAGACCGAACGGUUUGACACCCCGAGCUUUACAAGAAGUGCAAGGUUUCCUCUUUCUUUUGAAGAAGACUUCCGAAAUAAUGCCAGAAACAGUGAAUGAAAAAGAAGCUAAACAGACCAUAUUUAAAUUUUUGAAUGAUCAACUAGCAAAGCUGAAUGCAAGUGAAUUAUUAAAUCCAAAAGUUGUUGAUGUACUUCCGAUAAGAUGCAAAAAAGGGAAAUGUGAGUGGAAAACCAACAUACAACUUGUUUCAUUAAUACUAAAGGAUUUUCAAACUUUGUUGACUGAAAGCUCUGGACGUUAUGAUGGACCUACGCUUUUUGUUUACGGCACAAAAUCUCCCUUCAAAGUAAACGAAGAUGAAAGUAACAUAAAGAAAUUAUUUCCUAAUGCAAAGCUUGUUGGAGUUGAAGGAGCCUCUCAUAUGGUACAUAUACGGGAAGAAUUUGUUGAUGAAGUCAUCAGAUUCAUCAACGGGAAAUGAAACAAAUUUUCGUUGAUGUAAAUAACUAAACUGGUUCAAUAAAUGUGGAAAUUAA